GUUUGGACGAGGUUGAUAAUCCCCUUAAGAAUCGCCAAGGUUGGUUAUUUUUUCCUUCAAGAUAUCCUAUCCUUUAGACAAAGAUGAAGCUGCCUCUUUUUAGGGUUUAUUUGUUGGCAACCAUGGCUUUACUUCCUGGAAUACUGCACAUAUUUAACUGGUAUUUACAAAAUCAUUACCUUGAAAAAUCAAUUCUUCUUGAAACAAACAGUAGUCAAGAAGGGAAAGUCAACAUUGAUAUCUGGCAAGAUAUUUGUUCGCUUAGCAUAAACAGUUUAAGACAAUUUCCGUUAUUUCCCCAUUUCCCAAACAAAAGGAAAUUUAUGAUUGUCUCUCGAGAUUCCAUUAAGUUCAACUUCAAAGGGAAAUUCACCGCAAUUAGAAUCAUGGGAUAUCUUCAUCCGACAAAGACUGGGUACUAUGUAUUUUAUCUCAAUUCUCCUACAUUGGGUCAGUUAUGGCUGAGUAACACAACUGAACCAAUGAAAGCCGUCCGAAUAGCUUAUACCUCGCUCAAUAUUAUAAAAACUCUUAGUUUUCAUGUAGGCGACAAUAAGCCUGUUUCAGAAGCCAUCUUUUUGAGAAGAGGUAGCAAAUAUUACUUUGAGAUUCUGCAUGCCCUAAAUGAUCCUAUUCAACAAAAUGGGGAAGUUAUUUUGUAUUGGAUGUUACCAGGAACAGCUUUAUUCACCAAUAUAACUGGAAAUCAUGUGUCGGAAUAUUCGGAGCUUUUGUCAUUUUACAAAACACCAGAAACAUUCGAGGAAGAAGAUGAGAACGAAGAUGAUAUUUUACCCCCAAGCCUUAAACUUUUUGAAGACGAAGAUAAACCUUUACGGGAAGUUUAUCCGUUGGACAAAGAAAGAACUAAGAAGAGCAAAAUACCCAUAUUCACAUUAAAACAAGACUACAUCAAAGCAAUAUUAGGAUCAAACCUUGAUUUGGACGGUACUGAAUAUAACAGAGAGACUGUUCGAAUUUUACCUUAUAUGGACAGAAAUAAAAAUGACGUCAUUGAUGCAUUUCCUAACUGUAAGUACGAUCCAACUUAUUACACAAAAAGUUGGAAUGUUUCACGCUAUGAAGGAAUAAGAAAAUCGGUUUUUGUUGACAUAUUUCCUUCUGAUGAAACGAAUCUUAUGCGAUUCGGUCCUGUUUUAAAARAAAGUCAUGUCAACGCUAAUGAUGUAAUAAAGGAGAAAGAUGUGGUGCAACUUGUCAAAUAUUUCAUGGAUGAGCUGAACAAGAACUCAGGAAGAAUAUACCUAUUGCACAGUAUAACCAACAUUGAACAAUACAGUCCCAAGGAACUCAAGGGGGGAAAAUACCUUCUAGAAUUGGUACUUCGAACUAGAGAAAGUGACAAGCUCUACCGUUUCUCGGAGUUCUUUUUUCAAAAAAUGAAUCAAAUCAGACCUAGCCUUUGUUUUCUGGAAAACAUGCGUUGGAAAACAAACGUAUGGAUCAAUGUUAUUCUCAACGCUAGUGGUCAGUCUGGAUGGGUAGUGUACUAUGUGAAGCAAAUGGCGCAGAUACUGAAAGAGACUCAUGACGACCAUGUCACUUUUAUCAUUGUGGAUUAUGGUAAUGACAGGAUUGACAUUGGUAAAGAAAUGAUAAGAAAUGGAAUUAAACGUUUUUCCAUCAUCAAAAGAAAUGGAACUUUUCAUAAGACGGCUACCAUCAAUUUGGCGGCGAGUCAAAUCGAGGAUCCAAACAGCAUCGUCUUCUUGACUGAUCUUCAUUUCAAAAUGCCAUUGAAUCUUUUUGAUGUCGUUCGUAAGCACACCAUACAAGGAAAAAUGGCAUUCAGUCCAAUUUUAACGAGACUAGCAUUUUGUGGCAGACCUAGAACGAAGUACGUCUAUUCCGAAGGAUUUUAUGAACCCUAUGGCUUUGGCGUUUUCAGUGUCUACAAAUCAGACUGGGAUUCCUUUGGUGGGAUGAAUGAAAAGGAAUUCAAAAACAAGUGGGGAGGGGAGGACUGGGAAAUGGUCGAUAGGGUUAUCAAUAAGGGAUAUGAAAUCGAGAAGCUAAGACUGCCAGGAUUCUAUCACUUCUACCACAAUAGAAAAGGAAUGUGGAAUGAACAGUAAGCAGCUGAAAUGCUAUAGUUGGCAUUUGUUAUAAUCCUCGUUUUUUAAAAACCCUUUUUCUUUUGGGGAUAUCCUAGGUAAUUUAUUGUUGAUAAAUAGAGUUGCAAAUUCAUAAUAAAAGGCCU